AAUCCUGGCAACACAUGCACAACGGCCCAAUGAGAAUAGAGAAACUCCCCACGUUGUGAGGCUCUCUACUAUGUAAGUAAGCUACUACCUGUAGGUAUAUAUUUCGGUAGGUUUAUCGGAAGGUACUGCACUCCAAUUGAUGGAAGUUGAGCUUGUUAGAGCUCUAUCCAAUCAUGUUUUGCUGAUUACUCUCAGCUCUUCCUUCCUUCGUGUUCAAUCUGCAAGCAUGUCGGUAUAUUUUACAAGUGACGUCAACUCGCCAAUGCAUACAUACAUCUAAUACUUAAAUUCAAUGGACAGUAGUUUUUAAAGGGAACAUUUCCCCAUUCCAUUCAAGCGAGUGGUAAGGAGCAUCACCAGAUAUCGCUAUUCAUCAUGGUUCAUAGUAUUCGUUAUCUCUUCCUCGUUGGUGCCGCUUCGGCUGCCUUCACUGGCAAUCUAAACUACUUUUCUCCUUCGAGGCAUCAUGCAUCACUAGGCGUAUCGAUCAGUAAAGUAGCUAAACGGACUGCGGCGAACUCACAUUGGGAUCCGAGCCAGUUGAAAUUUACUCACGGUAUUGCUUCUGGCGACCCAUAUGACGAUAGCGUCAUUCUCUGGACUAGGGCCGCGCCAUCUAGUGAUAAUGACAAGAGCAAUAUAACCGUAUCGGGCUACGUCUCUCUUUACGAUCACUCGACCGAUCAAUUCGUGGCAAAGAGCAACAUGCCGGUCUGUGUGGAUUGGAAAAUAAGCAGGACUUCAUCAUUGGAAGACAUCGUAGACUCUGGGAGGGCGUAUACCAGUUCCGAUAUCGACUAUACAGUCAAAGUCGAAGCUAAGAAAUUGAAGCCUUUCACAACUUAUUAUUAUCAGUUCAACAUAUGUAACUCAGGGAAUACCUCUCCUGUUGGUCGCACCAAGACAAUCCCUUCUGCGAAUGACGAUGUAUCAGAGCCAGUGAGACUGGCCGUAUACUCUUGCAGCAACUAUCCAUUUGGUUUCUUCAACGCAUACGGCAAUACGGUCAGAAAAGAUUCUGUCGAUUAUGUAGUCCACCUAGGCGACUAUAUAUACGAAUACGCAAAUGGCGAGUAUGGCUGGGGCGAUGCCUACGAUCGAAUCCCGCUUCCUAAUAGGGAGAUAUUCACUCUUUACGAUUACCGAAAACGUAUUGCCACCUACAGAACUGAUCUUGACCUGCUCGAAAACCACCAGAACUUCCCUUGGAUACCUGUCUGGGACGACCAUGAGGUAGCUGAUAACAGUUGGAAAAGCGGUUCUGCCCACUUGAACAAUACUGAGGAAUCGUUCGUAAUGGACGGUGGCGUAUCAGUUGAUCAACGAAAGAUGAAUGCUGUUCGUGCCUAUUUUGAGUGGAUGCCUAUUCGACAAGUUGACAUGGAUGAUAAUUUACGAAUCUGGCGCAAUUUUAAGUUCGGAAACUUAUUCGACCUUGUCAUGCUUGACACCCGACAGUACGAUCGGACCAUUACUGAUUUGUAUUGGAAUACCGAAUAUCUCGGCGACAUACAUAAUGAUGCUAGCCGAACCCUUAUGGGUCCUCGACAAGAAGCGUGGUUUUAUCGUACUCUACGUGAAAGUUCCACCCGAGGAGCUACGUGGCGUAUCAUUGGUAACCAGAUCAUUUUCAGUCGAAUGAACGAAAGCUUGGCUACUAGUGAGAAGUUGCCUUUCAAUUAUGACCAAUGGGAUGGGUAUCAAGCGAACCGCAAUCGCACGUUCAAAACUCUAUAUGAGAAUAACAUAGGAAACAAUGUGUUCCUAGCCGGAGAUUCGCACGCAUCCUGGGUUUCUGAUCUCGUUUGGCUCGACGAACACCCGUACGACCCGGUUACCGGAUCUGGAUCCAUGGGGGUCGAGUUUGCUGGUUCAGCUGUCAGUUCUCCGUCCCCGAUAGGACAGAACGUGACAUUAGAUGCCGCUAUUGCUCUUUCGGAGUGGCUCACAACUGCAAACAAAGAGCUACAAUGGCAGGAUCUAUACUACCGUGGCUACUACGAGCUGUCUAUCAGUCACGAGAAAGUAGAUGCCGCCUUCUUCGGCGUUCCAACGACUACUCUCCGUAACGGAUAUGAGAUUCCUCUAGCAAAUUUUACAGUUCUCACCGGCGAGAACCGGCUACAUCGAACUAACGGAUCUCCUGCCGUUGGGAAUGUAGAAGCUGGUAGCUUGAAGGGUGGCACGGUCAAGAGAUCAAACUUGACAUACGACACAGAAACCGGCAGAUGGUUCAGAUACACUGGUCCCUAAUCCUUUCGCAGAGACGAGGAACUAAUAGCGUUAAUAAGGAGUAGAACUUUACGCUUUCUAAACCGCAUAAUUAUAUAAAAUACACUUUAUUAUUAGAUGAAUGUACUAUGUACUAUACUGUGAUGA